UUUAGGUUAAAAGGCAUUAACAUGCCUUAGUAGUAGUUUCUUGUGAUUUACCUUCUCAUUUAGUUAUAUAGAAAACAUCAAGCGAGCCAAUGAGUUCCCAUCUGAAGAUCCCUCAAUAUCUGGCAGCUAUAAGCGCUUGUAUGGGAGCAAUGUGUGCGGGAACCGCCUUAGCUUGGACUUCUAACAUCACCGGUAAACUGAGGAAAGGAGCCCUAAACGGCUUAGAGAUGAACGAUGAGCAAUUGAGCUGGACAGGUUCGUCGAUGACCAUAGGUUGUAUGAUCAUGUGCUUCCCUAUUGGAAUCGUCUGCGAUAAAAUUGGACGAAAAACAACCUGCAUUCUUACAGCCAUUCCUUUCUUAGUAGGUUGGUUGAUGAUUAUAUUUGCAAAUCAUACAAUGGUCCUAUACGGAGGUAGAUUCCUGAUUGGCGUAGCUGCUGGAUCUGUCUGUGUGUCUGCUCCAAUAUAUACCAGCGAGGUCAGUCAUGCAGAGGUCAGAGGAACUCUAGGGAUUUUCUUUCAACUGUUUAUGAUUAUAGGAAUCCUUCAUGCUAAUAUUUUUGGGUUUGUACUGGAAUUAAGAUAUUUCAAUAUGUCGUGUGCAGUGUUUCCUCUGAAGUUUGCUUUCAUCUUUAUCUUCCAACCAGAAAGUCCGGUUUACCAUAUGGCCAAAAAUAAUUACGAAAAAGCAGAGAAAGCUUUACAACAACUGAGGGGAGACAACUAUGACUGCGACGCUGAGUUGAAACAGAUACGAGCUACUAUAGAAGAAGAGCAAAUGUAUCCCAGUUUCAGGCAGGCUAUGAAGACAAAAGCAGCAAAGAAAGCAACUUUAAUCUGUUUCAUGUUGAUGUUUUACCAACAGUUUUGCGGCAUCAGCUCAAUGUUGUUUUACGCACAGGAGCUUUUCACCGCAGCUGGUUGCCAAUAUGAACCUGUAGAACCUCCACUUUGCGUGAUAAUAUUUGGAUGCAUACAACUGAUUGCAACGAUUUUUUGCGCUGUCGCUAUAGAACGAGUGGGUAGGAAGAUUUUGCUGAUGACAUCUUGUGGACUUAUGGCGCUGGCUUCAAUGAUAAUUGGUGCUUUCUUCAUUUUAAAACACAGAAAUAUUUUGAAUGAAGGUGCUCUUAAAUAUUUUGAGUGUGUUCUGCCUCUAGUAGGCACCACGAUUUUCAUCGUCGCAUUCUCAAUGGGCUUGGGACCAAUACCAUGGAUGGCACCUGCGGAGAUUUUUCCCCCAGAAGUAAAGUCCAUCUGCACGGCUACAGCUGCCACUUUCAAUUGGCUACUGGUCUUUCUGGUAUCAAAGUUUUACUUGAAUUUGGCUGACUCGAUUGGCCAUGACUCCACGUUCUUCAUAUUUGCUGCGAUAUCGAUCUCGGGGGUGAUUUUUACCCGGUUUGUGGUGCCCGAAACCAAAGGAAAGACUUUUGCGGAAAUUGUUAAGGAUUUGACGGGUAAAAAAGAAGAGGAGUACAGCGAGAUCACAGAUAACAGUAUAAUAUAAACGUAUUGUAAACAAGGUUUUAAUAAAU